UAAAGGUACCAGCUGGUCUGUUUAUUCCAACAAUGGCUGUGGGUGCGUGUAUUGGCCGUAUCACUGGCAUUGGCAUGGAACAACUUGUUCUGUAAGUAUGGAAAAAUAAGGUUAUUCGCAAUGAAAUUUAAAUUCAUCAAGUUAAAAAAACUCUUUAAACUAGAGAUGACAGCGGAUAAUCGCGAAAUAUAAUCGGCAUUACUAAAUCAUUUAUAAUCGGCAUUACUAAAUCAAAUAUUCAGUAAUCGGCCGAUUAUUGCACGAUAAUCGGCAAUAUAAUCUGCCGUAAGAAGAUUAACGUUAGAUUUCAUAUUCCGAAUUUUAUCAUUCUGACGUUAAAUUUAUCAUUCUCAUGCACGUUAAAUAUAUCAUUCUCACGUUAAAUAUAUCAUUCUCACGUUAAAUAUACCAUUCUCACGUUUCGAAGUUUAUCAUUCUUACGUCAAGUUUAUCAUACAUUGGUUUUAUUGAUUAAUGAGACAUUUUGAAAGCUUAUUUAUAAGUGUAUAGGCCUAUAUGCUAAUGGCCGGUGUUCAAAGCACGAUUAGCGCUAACCCUGGGUUAAAAUUUCCCCCAUGCAUUGUUUUGGUUUAUGUAUUUCUGCACAUCUGUUUAUUUCAGAACUUUAGAAAAUUAAACUUCUGAUGAUCCAGACAAGAUUUUCCAGGUUUAUGAACAAACUUUUGGGAAGUUUGCUUUGCAUUUUACGUUAACCCAGUAUUAAGCAAACUGGCAAAUGGAGCGCAUGAGCCAUCUGUUCCCACAACUUUUUAUGUUCUUUUUACUCCCCUCCGUAAUAUUAAACUUUGAUAUUCAACUAAAAUUUCGAUGAAAACCUUGCAGUUUAUACUCAACUCUUUUCUGUUGUAUAAAGAGGAAAAAAUUUGAACGAAUCACGUGAUCAUAAUUUAAUAACCGAAGGUGUUAUAUAAUAUAAAUUAACGCGCUUAUUGCUGUUUACCAUUGUUUUAGCAACCAUCCAGACUUUCCAAUUUUUGAAAUAUCGUGUCGUAACACAGUGGGCGCAUGUGUUCAACCUGGUCUUUAUGCAAUGGUCGGUGCAGCGGCUGCAUUAGGCGGAGUUACGAGAAUGACAGGUAUGCAUGACUUUUUGCCGUGUUUUUUUUUUACCUGGAGCAAGAACUUCAGCCUUCCGGUCAUGAGAAAGUGAAGUCAAGAUGACGUCCUGUAUAGCUAUGCGGGUCGUAAACAAAUGUAAUACCAUUUUUCCCCAGCUAAUUCCAAGUUUUUUCUAACUAAACAAAUUAUCAGUUCAUAAAACCAUAGUGUACAGUAAUUUUUGAAAUCGAUGUCAAAAUACGAAAUUUCAGCACUCUCCUUGCCAACUUUGUGUUAACCGCGCAGACAAAAUCAAUAGAAAGGGACUGGAACUGACAUCCAAUAGCUCUUCAUUUCGCCAUCUUUCCUUCACUUUUUGGACUCGAGUUCUCGCUCCAGAUCUAUAUGGAGGUCAGUGAUAUUCACGCGUAGAAUUGCUAAUGUAAAGCGGUCAAUUAUUUUUGCUUUUGUGAUUGGCUAGCGCGUUCGCUGUACCCUUGACGUACUUUGGGUAAAUACCGUUGCGUGUUUGCGGGAAUGACGAAACGAGCUGCGUUGAGCAUUUGCUUUUAUUCCGAGUUGUUAACUGCUGAUUUUAUGCUCAUCUUCAUUACUGCUGUGCUUAUUUGAACAAACUUACCCUAAACCUAACCCAUUGCAAACUUUCCUCGCGAUAUAGGGAAAAUCAAUAAAUCACGAACUUGCCUGCAAUCAGGACAAAUUAUUUCGUAAUUCAAAAUUACGAUUGCAGGUCACUAUAGUCUAUAGAUGAACAGCGCUUGCUGUGACGACUGUGCCACCGACGUCCAUAUGAAUAAUAAAAGUAAACCUAUCCCUGACUUGGUGUACGUGAUGUUUUUGCAUGCUAGUGAAUAUCAGACUAAAAGUUCUUUUAUUUAAAUCAGAUGCAAAGGGUUCUACCAUAAAUUUUAAUAAGUUGACAUAUUUUUGUUUAGUAUCCUUGGUUGUGAUCAUGUUUGAAUUGACUGGUGGAUUAUUCUAUAUUGUACCUAUGAUGCUUGCGGUCGUCAUGAGUAAAUGGAUUGGAGAUGCAUUUGGUAAAGGAGGAAUGUAUCCUUUUAAUAUCUACAACUAACCAUGCAAUGUGUACAGUAAGAUAAAAUGAAUGCUAAUCAAAAAAGAUGUUUUAAGUUUAAACAAACACACAUUUAAGAUCAACCUCGUUCCCAGGCUCUUCGCUGGGAACGAGGUUGAUUUAAGAUAGUACAUUUCGAUUUAAUCUGGGAGAUCUAAUCAGGAGUACGCGAGAAAAUAGGUUAAAUUCAGGUUAUUUCAUUACAAUCCUCCAUAUAAUUUCAGGAAAACUUUCAACUGCUUCCCCCCGAAAACAUCAGCCGCAAUCAGCCUGUACGCCUACGCGGGAUAGAUCCAGCCAGAUGGAUCUAGUAGGUGUUCCUCAUGGGACUGCAUACGUAAUUAUGGUUUGGGACGCGACAGUUGGUGAACAUGGCUGUAAUAAACAGCUUUCGAGUUUAAUAUUUCAUUUUUCAAAUGGACUUGUAUUUAAAGAGAAAUUCAAGGUGAUAGUUGAGUUAAUUUAUGGGCGUUUAUUACCAUGGUAUCAAGACAAUGAUACCAUGGUCAUGAAUUAUUAAUGCUUGAGAACUAAUUUUAAAACACUCAAUUUCGGAUUAGUAUUCAUCUUGUUAUUACUGAAAAGUGUUUCUGUUGGCAAAGAUUUCUGGAGUUUAAUUUUAAACUUGACUUUUUAUCAAAUCUUAUAUAACGGGCAUGAGGUGACGGGGAUUCCCAAAAUAGGUCCUUUCUCAUAUUUCUUUCCGAGAUUUAAAAAAAAUGUUCUAAAUAACAAUAUCAAUUUAAAACAAUUCUGGACAUUACGGACGUGAAACACGGAUCAUUUUGGCAAUAUGUCUAUAAAUUACUUUGAGGUUGAUCACUUGUAGGUAAAUAAGGAAACAUGCAGGUAAAUAAGGAAACAGACAUGCAAAUCCUUGACAUUUUGUUCAGUUAUGAUAGCCAUAUUGAGCUCAACAUGUACCCAUUUCUCGACAACAAAGAAGAGUUUGCGUACACAUCCCUUGCUGAAGAUGUCGCCAAACCAAGGUACUGUAUACGCAUAACACAUGCUGUGUUUUGAGUUGAUUUCAGUUGGCAAGUUUUUUUAUUAUUUUUAUUAUUUCAAAUGUUUUUCAAUAGUAACCCUUCAGGACAGUUAUACGUACCUGCUUUUCAGGGCCCAUUUCAUGCACACAUACUAUAACACGUUACACAUACUAUGAUUAUAAAUUACACAUGCUUAUAUAUAUAACUACAAAACUAAAUACUAUAGUAUUUACAUUAUUUCCAGUUCUGAAAUCGUUUCUUGAGAGUUCUAGGUAAUUUAUUCCAUUUUCCAGCAGCCACAUAACUAAUGCUUUUCCUUAGAAAAUUCGUCUUUGGUUUAUGUACGCAAUAAUGAGAUUAUUACACAGUGUAUACCUUCCGUUAGGCCCUUGUGUUAAACAUGUUAGCUAUAUGCAUGUUACUGGGCGUAGUCCCAGUAUUUAUACCAUACAAUGAACUAUAAAGCUUUCUGUUCUUUUCUUCCCUCCCUCGACGUCUGCCAGCCUAAUUCAUUUAAGUCUGAUUUCCAUAUGACACCGACAAGUUGGCGAGUUCCAUUGUCGAUGAUUAUAUACUCAUGAUAAAAUCCUGUGUAUAUCUGAAAUUGUUUUCUUCUUCAAUGAUUACCGACAAUGAGUCGGCGGCUGGUCGGCGUCAUAUGGAAACCAGGCUAAAGUCGCUGAUGACCUGGUAUCAUACUGUGAACUCUAAAAACAUCCUGGUGAAAAGUUUCCUGGUUAAUCUGAAAUAAACACUGUUUGGGGUAACUUAAUAUUUCUGGUUAAAUUGCCUGGUUAAUUUUACCAGGCUAUAUGGUUGAAUUAACCAGAUUAUGUUAGGUCGAGUAUUAACCAAGAAUUCUGGGACUGGGAUCAAAUUAACCAAGACUGUGGUUAAAUUAACCAGGAACAUUAAGUUACCCAAACAAUGUUAACUUUAGAUUAACCAGGAAAUUUUUAGCCAAGAUGUUUUUAGAGUAUAUGAGCUACCAGUAUAUCAUCCGUCCCACACUAUUUUGACAUUUCUCUAAUUUAUCUGACUCAGUUUUACUACAAUUUUACUGGACUGCAGUAAUCAAAACGAGGGGGGAAUGGAGUUAUUUGUGGAACAAGGCUUUAUUCUACCGAGCAAUCCUACACAGCACUGAUAUGCUCAUUCUUUUAUUUAUAAUUUAGAAAAUUUGAACCUUCAAUUAGUUGUGUAACAAAAGAUAGUUCUACCAUCGAACAACUUGGUAUGGUUCUUUUUCAUUGCACAUAAAGUAAUUUGAUAUUUUAUGUAGGAGUAAUUGCAGAGUCCCCAUAGAGUAGCUUCAGUUAUAUUUUCAUUUUCUCAAAAUCUGUACAGAAAUCUUGUUAGAAGAAACCAGCUUUAAAGGUUUUCCAGUCGUCGAUGACAUGGAAUGUAUGCGACUGUAUGGUUAUGUAAGAAGGAAGGAACUCAGGAUAGCUUUAGGUAAGAGUGAAAACCUAUUAUCGUGGCCAACACCCAUGAUAUUGUCAUUGCAUGCAUGUGUGUAAUUUUCAUAUUCUGUAUAUGGAACCAGUUAUUAUUUAUGGCUGCAGGCACCGAUCGGGAGGAAAAUGGUAGUAAGUUUGAGCCGCGAACCUUCAUUUGAAAAUAACUAUUUCUAAUUAGGAUUGGUUCGAACAAACUAAUUUUCCUCACUCGGAGACUAUCACCGAUAAUGAUGACGCUUAGCGAAGCCCGCCUAUACCUCCAUACUGCAAUUUCACCAGCUACAAUGAGAUUGCUGGACACUUGUCCUGAAGAUCCUAGCUACAAAAGAUAGAACAAUGUAUCAAUUAUCAUGUUCGCUGAUGAUGGUUCUGAAAUAGAGUUAAAACACUGUUUAGUUGUUAAGUUGAUGGAUUUGAACUUGUGUUCCCCCCAGUGGUCUCGGAUAGCUCAGUUGUAGAGCGUCAGCCCGGUUAUAAUAUAAAUUGACGUACAGCAUUUAGAGGGUAAGGUUGUGCAUAUAUUGAGAAAGUACCCAAAGUCUAACGUUUCGAUGAAAGCCAGGGGCCCCAAGGUGUCGCGUGAAAGUGUUGGAUAGUUUAACGAAAUAAGGCUUCCUGAGGCCAUGCGACUACACUUUGUCCACCAUUCUUGGGUGGCAAAACGUGGACAGUAACAAGCAAUGUCAGCACGUGGAAGUGUGACGUUACCGCUCAAGAACAGUGAAGAGAGAGUGCCUGGGAUUAGACUGCACCAAAUCAUUUGUUCGGUUUCUGUCGUCCAUGUUGUUGCGCAGUUUGCCACCCAAAAAUGACGGACAAGGCGUGGUCGCUGAGAAAGGCUAAUUUCACCUCACAACAUUUUGUAAGAAACAGUAUAUUUUUCUUGUUCCAGAAACUGCACGUGCAAAGAAUCAUGAUGUGGUGUCACUGUCUAUAGGAUAUUUCACGAAACAUGCUCCACGUACUGAAAUAUCACAUCCUCCACUCGUCAGCCUUAGACACACAUUGGAUGAGGUAUGAAUUACGGAGCGUCUUUCGGUUAAUAAUUUUGCUCAGUAUUUCCGAUGUAUGUUACUUUGUUUCAAAUGCGAUUUUUAUGCAAGAUGUACAGAAAUGAAUCUUGCAUUUCAGAGGCUCGCCUCUUUGUUGUGCUAAUAGACAAGACAAGACAAGACAAGAAUAAUUUUAUUUGAACUUCAUGUUACAUUGAGAUACGUCAUAGCUACUCCACACCCAAAAUAACUAUUAAAGCUAAUGGCAAGUUAGGUGCCCAUUAAAUGUCAAUGAUUACAAAAUAGUCAGAAAACAUUAUGAAAUCUACGGUAUGUCGUACGGAAUAUGUUAUUUGGCAAAUAGAAAUGCAGCCAUGAUAAGAAUUUUAAUUCUUAAAUGGUAACAUCUUUUAAAAUUCUUUCUUGAAACUAUAAAAAACUCAGUGAUUUGAAAGACUCAUUGUCAUUGAUACUAUUCCAGGUAUUUGGGCCGGAAUAUCUUAUGUUAAAUUUACCAUAAUUUGUUUGUAUCUUUGGAAUUGAGUGGAUUUACCUGCAAAUAUCGUUCAGGAAGCGCUCCUUUGUUAUACUUGUACAUAAAACAUGCAGUGUCUAACGUUAAUAGAUCACACAAUUUUAAUAACCUUAGAUCGUAAAAUAUAGGACUAGUACGAGCUCGGACGCAAACGAAUACCCUAAUUAGCAUUUUAACCUCCAUUAAUGUAGUCUUUAUCAGAUGCUAUGUUGAAAUACCUUGUGUGGAUUAAGUAGUUUAUAAAGACUAAUAUGAAGGAAGGCAAAAAUGUACAAUUAGAAAUUAAUUGUCAAUUAAAUAUUAUAAUGACCUUUCAUAAGCGGACAUCUUUAUUCGGUUCCGAAAAUGUCCACUUACUAUAUAGGUUCGACUGUAUCUUCUUCUAACUUGAUCUCCUAGAGUCCUCUUCAAGUCACUCACACAACACCAAUGGAGGCUGUUGUUGAAAUGUUUCGUAAACUGGGUUUAAGACAAGUAUUGGUCACCAGAGAUGGGUAUGUCGCUUCCUUUGUGUUCUAUUGUGAGAGAUUUAAAUAGAUAUGCUAAGCGUACUUUGCGUUUCUAUUGUCCUCAGAUGACGUUUAAGAGAUGAACUUGUGCCCACAAUGCAAACAAUUGGCCUGCACAAGAUUUGCUUCUUUGACAAGAUUUGUUUGCUUGUGUGAACGAUGAACAACUGACAAACAUAUUCCGUUCGUGUAUACCGAUGACAAGAAAACUCCUUUUGUACUGAACGUCGUACAAAGAGACUUGUUUGAGACAAAAAAAUGCUGUUGUUUUUAUCCCCCACUAGAACAAUAUAACUUACCAAUGAAAACUUGUUAACAUCGUACACAAAGACGUUUUGAACCUAGUUUUAAAGAGGGUAAUCAGCUGUUGAAAAAUUUCGAUUGUAAGCGCCAUUUUUACCCGGUAAUUAGCCCCGCCAAAUCAAAUCCUAAAAUGCGCCUUCACUUCGAUAUUUGUGAAUAUCUUGCUGGUUUUACACACUGGGAUUGACAGGACAAUUUCAGGUCCAAAGUAAUAAGUGCCAAAUACACCCUUUCUCGGAAACGCGAGUCUUGUUUCCGUAAUUGAGCGAUUGGUUUUAGAACCAUAUAAAAUCAUCUUGAAAUACUGAUGACACAAUUAUAAACAGGUCUUUCAUAUUCACUGAUAGAACUGUAUGCUUUCGUAAGUAUGUCACCUGCAUGCAACAAGAUAAAGGGCUCUGAAUCGAAAAUCUCAACCACGAAAACGAGACUGUAUAGCCAAAGACUGAGUAUAGAGCAUAAUAAACUUACAGUAUUUAAUUGCCAUUAACAGUCAGGGAAAUCUUGCUAUUAUGCACACUUAUCUAUUCUUCAUUUUCAGACGUGUGACUGGCAUUAUAACGAAGAAAGAUGUAAUAAAACAUGUCCAAAUAAUGGAUAAGAAAACACCAGAUGCUGUCAGAUAUGGAACGCUCUAAUGUAGCAGCAGUACUUGAAAAGUGCACCUCAAGCACCUCGCGAAGUAGUAGAUCUAGAGGCUAACAACUCAUGUCACCUAUAUAUACAAUCCCAUACCAUCUCAUAUUGGUUAUGCUGAUAAUCAUCCCAUUCUGGUUAUAUUCUAUUCCACAUAUAUCUACAAACAUAUGUAGCCCCAUUGAGGAAAUACCACUGACAUAUACACAUCUAGCUGAUAUCACUAUCAUUCAGAUAUACGCAGUCUAACUGGAGAAUCAACUUUUCUAUCAAUAUGAUGUGAUCUAUCUCAGGAACAUUUUUAAAGUGCUGUGAAGUUUUCUAUAUUUCAGGUUAAUGACGACUGUGGUCAGUUGAUGAUGUCGUCAGAUGUCUACCUCGUGAGGUCUCGUGUCACGUCGUAACUCGUCGUGAGCGACGAGAGACUCCCAAAGCGUCUGUCUUCUAGGGAGAUGGCUGAAGGGAAAAUAUCAGGAUUUUGGCAUCUCACUCGAUAUAACUAAUCAUUUGUAUAGAUGGAAAUUUCGAGUGGAAUUUUUAUACAUUCAUUGGACCAAUAACCAUGCAGGAUCGAAUAAUGCAACUAUUGGCCCUCCAGUGAAGCGCUCUAAGUUAAGCCUCUAACCAACUGAGCGAGGGUCGAGUUAUCGAGCUCCAACCACAAGUUCUCUAACUCGACAACUGGACUCUGUAGCUCAGUUGGUUAGAGCGCUGCAUCGGAAUCGCAGGACCGCAUGUUCGAUUCCUGCCAGACGCCGACAGUUGCAUCAUCUCCUGGUUACGUCUAAUAAAUAUGUAACAAUUCUAUCAACAAAUUCUCUGAAGGGAAAAUGUCUGUCGGGGGUCAACGCAAGAGGUACAAAGACUCGCUCAAAGCGUCAUCGUCUUCCCGGAUGGACGAAUAUACCAAACCUCGCAUUUUUCAAAUGUCAUAAAAGUAUAUCUGAAACUGGCCGGCAAAUCGCAAUGUGUAAACGUACCUUUAAGCCUGGUUUACACUAUUCACAGUUUUUGG